AUGCUCUCAAGAAGUAUAGCUACCGCCGCCCGUAUGGUGCCCGCCACCAGGGCGCUGAGGCCCCGUUCGCACCCUCUCGUCAUGCUUCCCUCCAUGAUGCAGACCGUUCGCACCUACGCCGAUUCCGUCAUCAAGGUUCCUCAGAUGGCCGAGUCCAUUUCCGAGGGUACUCUCAAGCAGUUUUCCAAGAGCAUUGGCGAUUAUGUCGAGCAGGAUGAGGAGAUCGCUACCAUCGAGACCGACAAGAUUGACGUUGCUGUCAACGCUACUGAGUCUGGUACCAUCAAGGAGUUCCUCGUUGCCGAGGAGGAUACAGUUACUGUCGGACAAGACCUUGUUCGGAUUGAGCUUGGAGGCGCGCCAUCCGGUGACAAGAAGGAGGCCCCCAAGGAGGAGUCCAAGGAGCAGCCCCAGAAGUCCGAGUCUGAAUCAAAAUCCGAAUCAAAACCUGAGCCCAAGCAGGAAUCCGCUCCUGAGCCCAAGAAGGAGUCUGCUCCUGCUCCCAGCAAGCCCGAGCCUCCCCGACAGGCCGAGAAGAAGGACUCCAAGCCACAGUCUGCCGCUUCCAGCGGUCCCUCUAUGGGUAACCGAGAAGAGCGCCGUGUCAAGAUGAACCGUAUGCGUCUUCGAAUUGCCGAGCGUCUCAAGCAGUCCCAAAACACCGCUGCUUCCCUGACCACCUUCAACGAGGUCGACAUGUCCAACAUCAUGGAGUUCCGCAAGCUCUACAAGGAGGACGUUCUCAAGAAGACUGGCGUCAAGCUUGGUUUCAUGAGCGCUUUCUCUCGAGCCUGCGUUCUUGCUAUGCGCGAUCUCCCCGCCGUCAACGCCUCCAUUGAGGGACCCAACGGCGGUGACACCAUCGUCUACCGCGACUACGUCGAUAUCAGCGUGGCUGUCGCUACCGAAAAGGGCCUUGUUACCCCUGUCGUCCGAAAUGUCGAGUCUAUGGACAUGAUUGGCAUUGAGCAAUCGAUUGCCGAUAUGGGCAAGAAGGCUCGUGACAACAAGCUUACUAUCGAGGAUAUGGCUGGUGGCACCUUCACCAUCAGCAACGGUGGUGUUUUCGGCUCUCUCAUGGGUACUCCCAUCAUCAACCUCCCCCAGAGUGCUGUUCUUGGCCUCCACGCUAUCAAGGAGCGCCCCGUUGCCGUUAACGGCAAGAUCGAGAUUCGACCCAUGAUGUACCUUGCUCUUACUUACGACCACCGUCUGCUGGACGGCCGGGAGGCUGUGCAGUUCCUUGUCAAGGUGAAGGAGUACAUUGAGGAUCCCCGAAGGAUGCUCCUAUCAAAUGAGAACAUGUCAGUCCCUGUGAGCGCCCUUUUUGUUAUUGACAUCCAGAAAGAUCUGGCAUUCGAUGACAAGACCGAAAUUCCUCACGCUGAGCGAAUACGCGAUGCCGGAGAACAAAUACUUGAGGUUGCAAGAGGUAUCGCUGCCGAUCCGAAACCCAUCAUAGUUUUUGUUCAGCAUGAAGAAUCGCCUGAGAGUGGUCCUCUUGUAAAGGGUAGCAAACCAUGGGAGUUGGUCUUCGAAAACGACCCAAACAAUACAAGAGAAUUACUCGUGUCAAAGAAUCAACGAGACACGUUCAAGUCAAAUCCAGAUUUAGCUGGUCUCCUUAGGUCGAAGGGCAUUCAACACAUUGUUGCGUUUGGCAUACAGAGCGAGUGCUGUGUGCUGGAAACUUGCAAGGGCGCUCUGGAAGCUGGUUUUCGAGUCACGCUCCUUCAAGGUGCUCACUCUACUUACGACACCAAGAACAAACAAGCCGUUCAAAUUGAGGAAGAUGUUGAAAAUGAACUCAAGGUUCUCGGUGCUUCAGUUACUCCAUGGCAAACUGCUAUCGGUCAGUGGGCCAACACUGGAGUCUUAGGCUGA